AUGGCCGGCUCGGUCAAACGGCCAGCGUCUACAACUGGGGCUAUCUCCCCACCCCCGGUAAAGAGAAAGAUUGAAUCCACACUGACUAAACAAUCGGUGUCCUCAUUCUUCACCCCUACAUCUCAAAAGAAGCCCGAACAAAUCACCUGGCGCAUCGUGAACAACAGUCUCGUUGUCGGCAAAUAUGCGAAGAAAUCAGACCAUACACAGACUACAGAGAAGCCAAAGGUUGCCGCCUUUGAUUUGGACUCAACGUUAGUCUCGACGGCUUCUGGCAACACAUUUCCCAAGAACUCCUCAGACUGGAAGUGGUGGCAUGAUACGGUUCCCUCUAGACUUAAGGAGUUGAGCGCAGAUGGUUACUAUGUCAUCAUCAUAUCGAAUCAGAAGAAGAUCAGCCUACAGAAGGAUAUGAAAGGAGGACGUUCCGAUUCAAAAAGUCUCACCAACUUCAAAGAGAGGGCCUCUGCUGUCAUGAAACAGCUAGACAUUCCUCUCAGUGUUUAUGCAGCUACGCUAGACGAUAGUUACCGAAAACCAAGAAUCGGGAUGUGGAAGGAGUUCCUAGAUGACUAUGAUUUCGACGUGAACGGCGUGGAUCUAUCAAAAUCGAUUUAUGUUGGGGAUGCCGCGGGACGGCCAAAUGACCAUUCCCAGGUAGAUCGUGGUUUUGCUGUAAACGCCGGGGUUCCAUUUAAAACACCAGAGGAGUUUUUUCUCAACGCCGCGCCGGAGCCGCUCGUGGAAUCAUUCGACCCGUCUCUAUAUUUGCAAUCUGACCAGACCGAUGACGUUUCACCCCCUUUCUCCCGUCAAAGCGCUCUCGAACUAGUGAUUUUCUGCGGCAGUCCCGGCGCGGGCAAGUCGACUUUCUACUGGGAUUAUCUCGAGCCAUUGGGAUAUGAACGGGUGAACCAGGACAUUUUGAAGACGCGCCCUAAAUGUAUUAAAGUUGCCAAGGAACACCUUGCGGCCAGAAGGUCCGUGGUAGUUGACAAUACGAACGCAGACCCAGAAACAAGAUCCCACUGGAUCGAAGUCGCAAAGGAAUUCAGUAUUCCCAUUCGCUGCGUAUAUUUUUCUGCAUCCUCAACUCUCUGUCGACACAAUAAUGCUGUCCGCGCUGCAAACAAGUCCUUGAAUCCGGAAAGCAGGACUCUACUCCCCGGAAUCGCAUUCGGGGAUUUCGGCCGUCGGUUCAAGGAGCCGACGAUGGCGGAGGGCUUCAAGGAUAUAGUUCGCGUCGACUUCCGCUUCCGCGGUGAUGAAGAAUCGAAGAACAUCUGGAGGCAGUACUGGGUUUAAACUCAGGUUGUAUCCGGACUUCGUUGGACUUAUUAAGACCCUGGUGUGCGGAUCGCUGGGCAUCUUAAUGUUGCAUGAGAUUCAUGCGAGUGACUUUCCGGGCCAUUAUACGUCAUAUCUAUAUACUUACGCCAAACAAGUUCUAGCUAUACCUACUGUGAGAUGCUUUCUGUAAUCACUUCCAAAUUAAAGUGUUCCCACAUUAGUCAUAUCUGUAUGAAGAUGCUGGGUAUAGUGCGUAUUAUUAUAUACAUGUGACGCAUAGAUCAGGAAUGCUUUUGACACGAACUUUUCCAUGCGAUACAAUGGACGCGAACUCAAUCAAACAUGUCUCGGGGUAUAUUAAGGAAUGAUGUGGCCAAAACGCCGGUGGCAUCCCCUCCAGAGCUCCCUCCUGCUCUCUCCCAACCUCCUGGUUUUAUGCCGAUUGACCAGGUGGCUUUCCCAAUACUCAUGCAAGGAAUAUUGCUGAUAGGGCAGAGAACAAAGACACCAUAACAGUAAACCCUGGAACCAUUACACGCGCCUGUAAGGCGGCCUCCGGAGACUCCAUAAAUAGAAAAACAAAGGAAAAGACAGUCAUACUAAGGAAGGCAUUGCGCACUGCGAGUCAGUAGUCGCAGACGCAGGUCGUCAGUUGUCAUUAUCGGAUCAC